GAAAAUGAGAAUUCUUACAUAAGAUUAAACUUUAAAUCAUAAUUAUGAUAAGAAUCAGUUUGCUGAAAUUCUCUUUUACUAGCUAGCUUUUCAUAGUAAGAUUUGAACAAAAUCAGUUUUAUAGUGAAAUUGUUACUGGUUAGUAGACAAUCUUUUUAAAUUGAUACAUUAUAUAAAUUCAAGAUAAAGAAAAUUGAAGCUAACUAUGCCAAGAAUAUAUUUUGUUGGUGUAGAUGUAGGUACUGGUUCAGUAAGAGCAGCACUUGUAACAUCUCAAGGUCAAGUGAUAAAGCAACAUGCAAAAUCCAUUAAAACUUGGAAUCCCGAAGCUAAUUAUUAUGAACAGUCAUCGGAAGAUAUUUGGAAUGCAGUGUGCGAGUGUGUUAGGAAUGUAGUUCAAGAAAUUGAACCAGAAGAAGUGGCUGGAAUUUCGUUUGACGCAACGUGUUCUUUAGUGGUGUUGUCUGAUGAUGGAAAACCAUUAACAGUUAGUAAAACUGGGCAAAAUAAUCAAAAUGUUAUAUUAUGGAUGGAUCAUAGAGCUUCAAAAGAAGCUGAAAUAAUUAAUGAAACAAAACACGAGCUACUAAAUUACGUUGGAGGUAAAGUGUCUUUGGAAAUGCAAAUGCCAAAAUUGCUUUGGCUUAAAAGAAAUCUUCAAUUAUCUUGUUGGCAAAAAAUAUGGAAAGUUUUUGAUUUACCAGAUUUUCUUACUUGGAAAAGUACAGGGGAUGAUUCUCGCUCUUUGUGCUCUGUUGUUUGUAAAUGGAAUUUCGAUGCCACAACUCAUUCAUGGUCUAAAGAAUUUCUGGAUUGCAUAAAUUUAGCGGAGCUGUACUCUAAUAAUUUCUAUAAAAUUGGAAAUAAUAUUAUUAGUCCCGGCCUAGCUGUUGGAAACGGUCUUUCAGAAGAAGCAGCAAGGAACAUGAAUUUAAUUCCUAAUACAACUGUUGGAGCAUCGUUAAUUGAUGCACAUGCUGGAGCCCUUGGAAUGUUUGGUUGCCAAAUUAAUAAAUCAAUUAAUUUAGAAAACAAAAUUGGUAGGUAUCCACAUACUCAUUUAAAGAAAAAAGAACAAAAAACAAAAAAGAAUGUUUCUAUAUUUCUAGCUUUGAUUUGUGGGACAUCAACCUGUCAUAUGAGUCUAACUGAAUUUCCUUGUUGGGUGAAGGGUGUCUGGGGACCUUAUAAGGAUGUAAUUUUUCCUAACUUUUAUUUAAACGAAGGUGGUCAAAGUGCGGCUGGUGCUCUACUCGAUCACAUUGUUUUUAAUCACCCUCAGUACAAAUUUAUAGUAUCAAAACUUGAUGAAAAUGAAAAUAUUUACAAUUAUUUAAAUAACGUUUUACAAAAAUUGGCUGAGCAAAAUGGGUUUGAUGACGUUUGCUAUUUAACGAAAGACUUGCAUAUUUGGCCGGAUUUUCAUGGUAACAGAUCUCCUAUUGGUGAUUCGGAUCUGAAAGGAAUGAUUUCUGGCUUAAUUAUGAAAACCAAUGAAGAAAAUUUAGCUAUUUUAUAUUUGGCAGUCAUUCAAGCGUUAUCGUAUGGUACAAGACAUAUAAUUGAAUCUCUUGUGGGACAAGAUCACCCCAAAUUUGAAGCACUUCUAUUUUGUGGAGGUCUUGCCAAAAAUAUUCUUUAUGUUGAGACACAUGCAAGUGUUUGUGACAUUCCAUCAGUCAUACCCGCAGAACAAGAAAUGGUUCUUGUUGGUUGUGCAAUGUUAGCUGCUUCUGCUGCCAGAGUUUAUCCCAGUUUACAGGAAACUUCAAUGGCUAUGGGAGGGAGUGGUAAAAUAUAUGAACCAAAAAAAACUGCAAUAAAAUAUCAUAAUGAAAAGUAUAAAAUAUUUCUAAAAAUGCUAGAACACCAACUUUUAUAUAAACAUAUUAUGAAAAAUGCAUUUUAAUAGGUCAAAUUUAUUUCCUACAUGCAUAAC